AUGUCAGGCAAUCCUCAGUGGUUCUGGAAUGCUGCAUCGAAUCCAUUUUCGAAUACGAAUCCACCAAAUUGGACAGCUUAUUCAGCUGCCGACAAUGCCAAGAUUGAGGACGCUUUUCAAAAAGGUGAUACAAGCGUUCAGCUAGGAAAUUAUGUCAUUCAUAUUAAGGAUAAAAUGCAAGUGAACCAAAGCGACUUUAGUCGACAGCGACAAAUCAAACGCGGAGAAUGA